ACAUAGUCCUGAAGGCAGCAGAACCCGCCGCUGGAGAACCGGUCCUGGUGCAGCUUUUUGUGGUGAACUUUUAAUCUGCGCUGCUCCGACACUGGAUCUGCUGGUUCUGUUGACUGGUUUGAAUCAAAAGGACGAGGUUUAUUUCAAGAGUUUGAAUAUUUCAUCUGAAGGGAAACAAGCAGGGAAAAGAACUUUUUACACCUCAAUGCCAAGGUGCCUGGAGUGACACGGAGCUCGUGGAGAUCAGAGGACACCUCGGGGACCAACACCACUUUUCAAAAUUUUCUCCAACUUCGGCCCUCAACCAAACAUUAGCAUGAUGUCUUAUCUAAAGCAACCACCUUACACGGUCAACGGCCUGAGCUUAACCACUUCCGGGAUGGAUCUUCUGCAUCCAUCAGUGGGUUAUCCAGCCACGCCACGGAAGCAGAGACGAGAAAGGACUACUUUUACGCGCGCACAACUCGACGUUUUGGAGGCGUUGUUCGCCAAAACGAGAUAUCCGGAUAUAUUCAUGCGCGAGGAAGUGGCGCUGAAGAUUAAUCUACCUGAAUCCAGAGUACAGGUGUGGUUUAAGAACAGGCGGGCAAAGUGUCGCCAGCAGCAGCAACAGCAGCAGAACGGAGGCCAGAACAAAGUCCGCCCUCCCAAAAAGAAAAGUUCCCCCAGCAGAGAGGUGAGCUCUGAGAGCGGCGCCAGCGGCCAGUUUACGCCACCCACCAGCACCACCACGGUCCCCGCCAUCUCCACCAGCACUGCCCCGGUGUCCAUAUGGAGCCCGGCGUCCAUCUCUCCCCUCUCAGACCCGCUGUCUACCUCCUCCUCGUGCAUGCAGAGGUCCUACCCCAUGACCUACACCCAGGCCUCGGGCUACAGCCAGGGCUACGCCGGAUCCACGUCCUAUUUCGGGGGCAUGGACUGCGGCUCCUACCUCACCCCCAUGCACCACCAGCUGUCGGGCCCGGGCUCGACUCUCAGUCCGAUGAGCACGAACGCGGUCACGAGCCAUCUGAACCAGUCCCCGGCGUCCUUGUCCACCCAGGGCUACGGGGCGUCCGGCCUGGGCUUCAACUCCACGGCGGACUGCUUGGAUUAUAAGGACCAAGCUGCGUCCUGGAAGCUGAACUUCAAUGCCGAUUGCUUGGAUUAUAAGGAUCAAACGUCCUCGUGGAAAUUCCAGGUCCUGUGAACAGAACCAUGCGCGCGCAAAAAAAAAAAAAAAACGAGACACACCGCAUACACUCCCCCCCCCCCCCCCCCCCCCUUUCAAUAAAACUGAACCAGACUGAGAGCGCACGGGACGCACCAAGGGGAGUUCUCGGGUUUUCUGUCCUCCUAAAGGAGAUGUUUAAUUUAUUUUAGCACUGGCAAAUAGAUUUUUCACGUUCUUUCAACCUCAUCCACGUCGGUGCGCGCCUCCAUGCGUCAAAGUAAAAUAAAAAAAAUAAAAAAUAAAAAAUUAAAUAAAAACACCUGUUGAGGAGGACUGAGACAUGCCACGGAAACUGUCCUGGAGGGGAGACACGUGUGGACACGGAUGCACUACUUUAUUUAAGGAGACAAAAAGUGUUUAUAACGAAUCAA